CUACCAUUUCUUUGGUCAUCGCUAGCUAGACCGUCCACACACGAAGCAGGAGCGAAUGCACACAUCACACUUGAAUUCUACACUCUUUUAUCCUCAUGCCAUGCCUAUAUAAAUUAGCAACGCCUACACCCACAAUUUCUCAUAUAUUGCCUUUUACACUACACCUAUAAUUUACUCUUAGCCUAGAGCUAAAAGAGCUUAUUUGGUUAAGAGCUGAUAAAUACUUUUUUAUUUUUUUCAUAUUGAUGGAGUUUUAUGAAGAUAUGUUUGCUCCGGUGAGUCCCAGUGGACAGUACUUGAACAGCUCGGUGUUAUCGCUCACUAUAGUUGCGGUUUUGGAGUUUGAAGUUCCGAUUCACGAUUUACAGACCGUUUCGCUGCUCAAGAAUCUGUUUAUCCCCAUCAACCAACGCUUUUCUUCUAUUAUGGUGGGUGAAAAGAACGGCGCAAAGAAAUGGAAGAAAGUUGAAGUGAACAUCAAAGACCACGUUAGGGUUCCAAUAUUUCCCGCCGGAAAGUCACCGGAAUAUUACGAAAAAUGUCUCCACGAAUACCUAUCCAGAAUCUCCUUGGAGUCCCUUCCAGAACACCAGCCCCUAUGGGAAGUUCACGUCCUUCCUUUCCCCACCACCAAAGCAGCCGGAAACCUAAUCUUCAAGCUCCACCACUCCCUCGGCGACGGCUAUUCUCUCAUCGGAGCUCUUCUUUCGUGCCUCAAAAGAGCCGAGAAUCCGGCUCUUCCUUUGACGUUCCCUGCGCGCCGAAUAUCGAAAUCUCAUGAAGGUGGCGACGUUAAAAGUAUUAUGAAGCGUGUGCCUCAAGUUUCGUCAUGGAUUUUGAACACUGUCAUGGAUUUUGCAUGGAGUGUUCUGAAGAGCAGUGUGCUGAAAGAUGACGUGUCGCCGAUUCGUUCCGGCGACGUCGGAUUGGAGCUUCUUCCCAUGGAUAUUAGUACCAUGGAGUUUGAUUUGGAUUAUAUCAAGCAAAUCAAAACAAGCCUUAAAGUGACACUGAACGAUGUGAUCACCGGAGUGAUCCUCCUCGGAACGAGGCUAUACAUGGAAGGUGAAGAGAAGAACUCAGGCGACGCGAAUUCUACUGCAUUGGUGUUACUUAACACCAGGAACGCGGAAGGCUAUAAAUCCAUAAGUGAAAUGGUUAAGCCCAAGGCUACAAUGCCCUGGGGAAAUCACUUUUCUUUCCUGCACGUUCCGCUCCCUAAAUUAAGCAGUCCUUCUCCUGGUCACGAUCCCUCCGCCAAAUUCGAUCCUCUUGAUUUCGUGUAUGCAUCUCACCACAUCAUCAAACGAAAGAGGAACAAUGCAGCUGCUUUGCUCACCGGCGGCUUACUGGAUCAUGUUCGAAAAAUCAAAGGCCCUGAGACAACAUCUAGAUACAUAUAUAAUACAAUGUCCAACUCGAGCAUGGGCAUCACCAACUUGAUCGGACCACUGGAGCAAAUGACUCUGGAUGAUCAUCCCAUCAGCGGCUUGUACUUCGCCGUGGCCGGCGUUCCUCAGAGUCUGGAAAUAACAGUACUGAGUUACGUGGGAAAGCUGAGAAUCACUAUUGCAGUGGAGAAAGAUUUUAUUGAUGUGAAGAAGCUCAAGUCCUGCAUCCAGGGCUCCCUCGAUACCAUUUUCGAAGCUGCGGUUCCUAUUUGAAAUUAAUUUGAAGUUGCUUAUAUAUAUACGAACAAUUUGAUAGUCACACCUCGAAUGCUUUCAGCAAUUAUCCUGUUUAAUUUGUUGUUACUUCAUAAAGAGUGAAGUACUUUUAAAUUCUUGAUUUGGCAUCCAAAAUUUGCCCUAAAUUGUGUAAUUGUAAGUUGUUAUAUAUUAUAUUGAACCGAGAACAUUGUAUCAUAAAUACUUAUGCAGCUGAUGCUUGCCCUUAUAUUCUUACA